UUUUUUUACUACGGGCUCAACAGGCCUCAGCUUGACGCUCCUGCGCUCGACGGACGCUGCCUUGGAAACGACAUAAAUCCAGUCCACGCAGCUGGGUUGCGAGCAGGGACCCAGAUUUCCUCACUUCAAAGGCUUCCGCUCCUCACCGCCUCCUCCUCCUCCUCUUCCUCCUCCUCCUCCUCCACCACCUCUUCUCCAUCCCUCCAUCCAUCAAUCCAUCCGGGCAGAAAACGCUGCGAAACAUGGACGAGCAGGAAUGAAAUGCAGAGCGGCGGAGAAGAGACCUUUAAAUAAGCCAGAGAAGAAGAAGAAGAAGAGGCCGCCGCCGCCGCCGCAGACAGGUAAAUGAGUAGACCAACAUGCCGCUGGUGAAGAGGAACAUUGAGCCCCGGCAUCUCUGCCGUGGAGCGCUGCCAGAUGGGGUGACCAGUGAACUGGAGUGUGUCACCAACAGCACCCUGGCGGCCAUCAUCAAACAGCUGGGCAGUCUGAGUCGUCAUGCAGAGGACAUUUUCGGAGAGCUGUUUAAUGAAGCCAACAGCUUCUACCUGAGGAUGAGCAGCCUGCAGGAGAGAGUGGACCAGCUGGCUGUGAAGGUCACCCAGCUCGACUCCACAGUGGAGGAAGUUUCCCUGCAGGAUAUCAACAUGCGGAAGGCCUUUAAGAGCAGUACCAUUCAGGACCAGCAGGUGGUGUCGAGGACCUCCGUCCCCAACCCUGUGGUGGAGAUGUAUCAUCGCGGUGACAAACCUCCACCGCUCAACAUCCUCAGCCCGUACAGGGAUGACAAAAAGGACGCGCUGAAGUUCUACACCGACCCGUCCUACUUCUUCAACCUGUGGAAGGAGAAGAUGCUGCAGGCCACAGAGGACAAACGCAAGGAGAAGAGACGUCAGAAGGGCUGUCCGGCCCACCCUGACAGGCCCCACUCCAGACAAGCCCCACCCAGGAGCCCCCUGUCCAUCUCUGAGCAGCAGAAGCAGGUCGAGGACCCGGGCAGAGAGGUGAAGAAGGUGCGUAAGGCUCGUAACAGACGCCAGGAGUGGAACGUCCUGGCUUACGACAAAGAGUUCAGACCAGACGCCAGGCUCACCCCAUCCCCCUACCAUGGCAUGUCCUCAGAAGGCUCCCUGUCCCCUGACAGCAGGUCAAUGGCGUCAGAUUCUUAUCCAGCCAGCCCCAGCCACCCCCCCAACCAGGCCCCCGGCACCGUCCACCCCGCCGACCUCCAAGCCAGAGACCACCUCAGCGCUGCGGCCCAGACUCAGUCCCUGGACCGAGGACUCAGGCCGGCCAACCAGCCCCCCGGAGCAGCGGGGCCCGCGGCAGGAGGGCGGCAUGCGGCCUCGUUGGGCAGGACCCCGUCAGGACACGGGGUCCAGGCCGGUGGAGAUCCGACGGUUAACGGGCCGAGGCAGCAGUCUGUUAAGGAUUACCGGGCAGCGCACGGCGGCCAACCCUCCACCAUCCCCGAGUAUUAUAUCCCACCUGCCCCUCCCCCACCCCCUCCUACCAUCCCCUCCGCCCAGACUGCCUUCGACUCCGCCGCGGUCCCUCCCAACGCCGCCGCCGCCGCCGCCUCUGCUGUCCCGCCGACAUCCUCUGCCCUCUCCCGCCCCUACUCCCCUUCCCCUCCCCCUCCCCCGGCCAACUACGUGCCCUCCCCCGCCCACCCUCCCUCCGGCGCGCCCCCUGCCGCUCCUCCGCCUCCUCCGCCCGGAGUCCCCACUGGAUUCCACGCUCACCCGUCGUCGCCUCACGCAGCGGGGGAUGCGGGGCCCGCGGCGAGGAAGUCCACCAUGCUGGGGAUGAUCCCGAUGAGCGACGCCCGCUCCGACCUGCUGGCUGCCAUACGUAGAGGUAUCCAGCUGAGAAAGGUGCAGGAGCAGAGGGAGCAGGAGGCCAAGAGGGAGCCCGUCGGCAACGACGUGGCCACCAUCCUGUCCCGCCGCAUCGCUGUGGAGUACAGCGAGUCCGACGACGACUCCGAGCUCGACGAGAACGAGUGGUCCGACUAAAAGAUAUUCGAACGAGCAGGAAAAAGACGGGGGGGACGGGGGGGUGUUGGGUGCUUGGUGGGUGAGGGGGGGGACAGGGAAACCGAGUAGAGAAACCUUCAGACACUGGGGUCGAAAAAUGAAGGGUGUAAUGAUUAAUAUUUCAAUUUAAAAAAAUCUAAAGAAUGAAAUCAUUCAUACCAUCACACACAUGCUGACAUCCCCAUUGUGCUGCAUUUUGAACAUUCAAGACUUGUACAGCAACAGGCUGUGAAUUUAGCCCCGCUUUGUUGCCCCUGACGACGCCUUUACGACAACUGAAACCCUUAAGAUCCGUGUGUCUAACCACCCAGUGUGUACAGCGCUACACCCGCCCCCGUCUGCUCAUCGUUAACCACUAACACUCAGCUGUGAACAAACAAACGCACCAACUUCUCCCCCCUACGUAUUUGAGUGAUAAUUAUUAGCACUAUUACAUGAUCUCAAAGUGUAGGUGGGUGGACCCCCUAGGGAGUAGGGCUUAAUGUGUUUACAAAACACUUGAUAUAGCACAAGAAAAAAAAAUAAUAAUGAUCGUGCAAUCUUAACUUAUCUGCCAAAAUGUUGAGAGAGAAUUUAUGAAAACAAGUCAGGGAAAUCAGGGACGAAUAGCUCCUUAGAGGAUCACGCUGCCUCGCCGGGCCGUGCCUGUUUAAGAAACAUGUGCACGCGUCUUUAAAGGCUGCACUGGCGCUGUGAGAGUUUGGUUUAUUGGUCACUUUAACAGACGUGAGACAGUGGAAUCAGCACCAAAAUGAUCUCUAUAGUAUAGUGUGAACUGCCUGUAACGGAUGACUAUGCAGCCUGCUGGCUAACUGUACCUGCAGAGGUACCUAGCUUGAUAGGCUAGAAGUUUGAAUCUGAUUACUUUUCUUCAAUAAUCAAAGAAAAGUUAGGAAAUAACCUUCACAACUACUUAGAAUUUUAGAAAAUCAUCUCACCUAUUUGUACUGCUACAUCACAAGUUGUAGCUACAUACACUGUAAAACAGUGAACAGUGUUUCUUCAAAAAUAAUUUAAUACAGAAGACGACACAGUGGGGUGCUUGAUAGCCUAGCGGUUGUGUUGCACACCCAAUGUACAGAGGCUUUGGACCCAGGUUCGAUUCUAAACUCAAUCAUUCCCCAUUCUCUAAUUCCACUUUCCUUCUCUAUCUACUGUCCUUAUGAAGGCAUAAAAACCCCAACAAUUAUUUAAAAUAAGAUAAACACAAUAAAAUCCCAAACCACAUUUGAAUUGUUAAUAAAAUAAAAAUAAUAAUUUAAAAUUUGGUUGGAUCCUUCGUGUAACGCGUCGUAUUGAAAUCAAACAGACUUUUUCAAGAAAACACAUAAUAAACUAUAAUAAGGGAAUUAUAUGCAAUGUGUGAGAAAAAAUCAUUACUAAGAGCUUUUAAAAUGCUCCAGUAUGACGAUUGAAAAUGUUUGAAAAAUGUAUUUUUAAAGUGUUUUUUUAAAUUUAUUUAUCAAAGACGAUGCACGUGAACCAACAUUUCAGUUUCCUGCACACAGCAACAUCAAUGUUUGGAAGUUAGUUAACAGGACAACUGUCAUAGUCGGCCACUUCUUUUUUUUAAGAUUUACUCCUAAAUGUGAUGUCAAGUGGAAUAAUAGGUGUGUACAGAGAGAAAUGUGAUGCUGGUUCUCUCGUCGUUUUGGAAUAAUCGACUGGAAGGCCAAACUCUCUCCAUGCCAGUGUAGACCUGGAACUCAUUAUUUAACAGUGUGAUCUCCCUCUGACAAAGAUCCAUCGUUUAACUGUGAGAAAAGACACAACCCUCCCAGAUUUAAGCUGUUUUAUUUGUUAAACCGAGCUUGUUAAAGUUCCGUGAUCGAUCAUCAUUCAGCCUCCAUAUCACAGCAUUGAACAAACAAAGCAAGUGAGCGAGCUUCUGCCAUUAUUUUAUGGUUUGUUUCAUAUUUUAUUUUGAAGGUUUUCUUUCAUAAUUAAUCAGAAGCUUAACAUUUCAGCCAGUGACUGUGUGCUGUGGUAUUGGUCUUAAUAUAAAUGCUUCCACACUUAACAGCACUGGACAUGCACUCACAAAGCUCCUCAACUAGACCCGGGGUCAAAGUUCACGUCCACUCUGUCAUACGCGACCCUGGAUCUGCACUGCUGUCCGUGGAGGCUUUGUGAACGCAGCCCCUGGACUAUAAAUACUAUAAGUGUAGGAGACUUGCAACAGUAAUAUACGGUAUAUUAUCUAUCUCUCUUUUCAGUAUAGGUUUGGCUAAUUCUCGGUAUGAGCUGAUUGGACUGUAGUGUUUUUAUAAUGUGGUUUUACUUUUGAAAUGUGCUGCAGUGAGUUGUGCAAUUUGGUUUAUUUUGGGGGUGGUGGGGGGAGGGGAGGGGUUCUACUCGAGGCCAGGAUCGACGUUCAUGAUAAAGAAGUUGUGCACAUGUCAGAAAAGUCGCCCCCAAAAAAGAAAAAGAGAUCCACUCUUUUUAAAGAGAUCCACGUUUUCUGAAUUUAAUCCCGAGCCAAAGCACUUUCAAACUAUCCCAAUAAAAACAGGAUUCAAGUAGAUGAUGAUGUUAGUUUGUCUGUCUGUCCAGUGUAACACGGAUUAUCUUUUUAGUUUUUCUUCGGUGAAAAGACUUUUGUCAAGUGUAGCGUGACCCCCUAACAGGACACAGUACAGAAAGACAUUAACUGAUAUUGUUUCAUUGGUUGACGUCAGCAGUGAUUUCUUUGUCCAUUUAUGAGGAAGAAGGAUUCCUUAUACUGAGUGUAUUUAUUUGGAAGCCCAAUUAAAUGAUCUAGUUACACAUAAAUAAAUAUCCUGCUCCAAAGAAAAUGAAAUUAGUCCUGGUUUCAUCCAUUAUGAGGUGAGUGUGGCACUUAUUAACAGGGACAAUGUAUCUCCAGCCUGCUUUACAAUUAAACAUAGACGAGUAAACAAUUGAGCUGUAAAGAUAAUCUUUUUUUUUCUUAAACAGUUUGACCCAACUUUAUAAAAAAUCAAUCGAAAUUCGCAAAUUAUCAUGUUAGUUUUAAUAACGAAACCAAGAUGGCAGCCGGUGUGACUCAGAUGGUUUGAAUGCGUGAAUAUUGUGUGAUUCAGAUGUCAACCUUUGAAUAUUAGUUCAGUACAGAAAUGAUUCUCAAAGGGAUAUGACUGAGAACCUGUUAUUUAGUUGUUGUACAUAAAUACCGCACAAUGGUUGAGGAAUGCUUCGCCUAACAGCUGCACAACUUUGGAGAGUGGACAAUAGAGAUUAUUGUUUGGUAUAAGAUUUUGGCAAUGUACCAUGUUUGCAUUGGCGGCCAUUUUUCCUCUUACAUCACACUUGGGAUGGGAAGCUCAGAUAGUGUUACACAUGUUGUAUCGCUGUAGUCCAGGUUGAAAAACUAUAAAGUAAUAAUAGUAAAAUCUAAAUCCAUCAAGUCAUCUACUGAAAUCUAAUCCACCACAGCUAACGUAAUCUACUGCAAUAACCAAUCAUUGGCUAGCACAACAUUUGGCUCGCUAACACUACUGUUAGCUAACAUUACUUCUAGCUAGCUUACAUUACCUUUAACAAGUGUUGACUGAAAAGAGCAAGACAUUUAGGGAUCGAGACCAAGACCAUAAAUAUCUCAGAAAAAUCAUCAUCUUGUUUAACUUUAACUGAACUAUCGUGCUGUGUAACACUAUCAAAUGUUAAUAUUAGCUAGGAAGUGGUUGGACUCUAGUGUUAGCUGUUGUCUCCAAAGGCGUAUGAGUUGUAGAGUAAGUUUGAUUUAACUUGGUGUGGUAUAUAUUCAUGACUUCAUUAUAAAUGAAGAGAAGUUAUAGUCUGUAAUACAACUAGCCGUUCUCUAACGCGGCUUUUGAGCUUCCCACCAAUAGUAUGAUAUCUGAGGAAAAAUAGCCACCAUGAGAAUAUGUAGAAUUGGG